AGUCGUUCCACCCAAGGAGUCGGUGCUCGAGUGACCCCUUCCUUCCUCAACAUUCCACAGGCACCACAGGCACGCCAACAAAGACAAUCACUCAGUCGAUCCUCCGCUCUCGACAGCUUUCUCGUAUCAGCCAUGGGUGUUCCCGACGACGAAAUCGAUCAUGACCUGCUCGACUUCAUGCGCGCAGCGCUGUUGGGCCGCAACGCUCCAGCCGUGGUCUCGAAACCCAAAAUCAAUGUCCUGAGGGAUGCCCAAUUCAUUGUCGACAACGCUAUCGACGUCGCUCUCUCGCGCGAACACAUUGUGGCUGCGGCGGAGAAGAUCUACGGUGCUAUGGAGGCGAAGGAGUACUCCACGUCGACGUGGUCGACGCACGAGCUCCACCCGAAGGAGAGGACCGCGGAGACGGCGAACUUCAUCUUUACGAUGGAUCUACUGAACUUUUCGUUCUGGUCGGAGCUCGAUGCGGCGAAGAGAUUUGCAAUUGAGUACAGGGGAAAGAGGUGGACGGGGUAUUGGAGUAUUGUAGCUGUGUUACAGAGGGCGCUGGAUGAAGGCAUCCCAAUAACCUGUCCUUACUUCUGGGUGGACAGCCAGAUUUGCACCGAUGCCCUGCUCGCACACGUUUUCCGCUCCAGCACAUCCGAAGAAGUCCCCCUGCUUCCCGAACGCAUCGCCUGCCUGCGAGAAGCUGGUGGGGUUCUCUGCGAGAGAUAUGAAGGCAGUAUUGCCGCGCUAAUCGGCGAGGCCGAAGGCUCCGCUGUUGCACUCGUCAUGAAGCUCGCUGACGAGUUUCCGUGCUUUCGUGACGAGCACAUAUUCGAAGGCCGGCAGGUGAACUUCUACAAGCGCGCGCAGAUACUCGUUGCAGACCUCUGGGCGUGCUUCAACGGGCAGUCGCACGGUGACUUUGACGACAUCAAUGAGCUGACCAUGUUCGCGGACUACCGCGUCCCCGUUACUUUGACAACACUACACUGUCUCCAGUUCGCUCCGAAGCUCGAAGCACACAUCAAAGCCCACCAAGCCAUCCCGUCGGGCUCACCGUGGGAGUGUCAGAUCCGUGGCGCAAGCAUCUGGUGUAUCGAGAUGAUCCGGCGCGAGAUCCUCCGCAAACACCCCGGCGCCAACGUCAAUGCCGUGCUCAUCGACUUUUACUUGUACGAUACGGCCAAGGAGAUGGAGAGCAAGGGCGCCGAGGGACUGCCCCACCAUAGGACCAGGAGUAUCUGGUAUUAGAUGCGGAUGAGCGAUGUAUACCUGUUGGGUCUGUUUGUUUAACUUCUUGUAUUGCGAAUGGCAUCGCCGGUGAUUUGCAACCAUUCGCAUAGGGUGGUUUUGGAUCAUAGAAUAUCAACCAUAGAGCUGUAGUUAUCUGUACCGAUGUGCGUG